GGACGCCGGGGCACGACCGGGGGCGGGGGAGCCCUUGCAAGGACGUGAGCUGCAGGGCCGCGGCGGGCCCGUACUCUCCCCGCCUUCUCCCUGGCCGCGCCUCGGGCUACCUUCACCGUGGCCUUCUGCUUUCCUCGCCAAAAGAAAGAAAACGAUCCCAAAGUUAAGAAACGGACCAGCUGGAUUCCGCGUAUUGCCCUGAAGCUUGAGAAAAGCACCUGGUAGCCCCCGUUUAAAAUCAGGUCUUGAGCCCCAGUGUUUGGCCUCUACCUCUGUUUUGCCAUACAUGGCCUGCUUCCGUGUUAAUGGGAUCCGUCAAAGGCUUUUCUGGUGCAGAAGUCUUAACAUUCCACCGGACAGCUUCAGGUCUCUGGAGAGUCAGCCUGUGGUCUCCUGAUAAGCUUCCGCAAGAAAUCUUUCUAGGAGCAGUGGGAAGGAGACAGAAACCACCCCUUCCCUGGACUGACAGAGCUACCUGCCGAGCGCUGCUGCCACCAUGCCCAAGAGAAAGGCAAAAGGAGAUGCUAAAGGUGACAAAGGGAAGGUGAAGGAUGAGCCACAGAGGAGAUCAGCACGGUUGUCUGCUAAACCGGCUCCUCCAAAACCAGAACCCAGGCCUAAAAAGACCCCUGCCAAGAAAGGAGAGAAGCUGCCCAGAAGGAGAAAGGGCAAAGCAGAGGGUGGCAAGGAUGGCAACAACGCUGCAAAGAACUUAGAUGCUUCUGCAGCCCAGUCACAGAAAGCAGAAGGUGGUGGGGAUGCCAAGUGAAGGGUACUUUUUUGAUAGCGCUGUCCUUCUAGUGACUAUACUGUUUGAAAUACUAUUUUUCUUUAAUCAAGUUUUAUAAAAAUGUAGAAUUUUUUUUUUUUCAAAUUUCUGUUGUUAGCCUACAAGACACAUUGUUGUUGUCUUUUCUUUCAUGCAAAGUGCAAAUACCACUAACAGAAUGUCUCAGAAGCUGGAUUGAAAUGGGGGAAGAUGAGAUCUUCUAUCCUUGUGUUUGAAGAUUAUUCUUGGUUCCCAGGAGGGAUUCUCUGACAUUCACAUAAUUCAGCCACUUUGGCUUAGAAGCCUUACAUCGUGGAGAAGCAAAACUUUGUCUUCUUUCCUGAUGCCAUCAGCAUAUACCUGACUUCCUGAAAUAGUUUUGAUGUGGCCUUGGGCCUCCUAAAAUACUCAGGCUUUCUGGUGAUGACAUCAACAUGGUGUUGCUCAAAAGAGCCAAGGUUCCUGCUCAUAGUUUGCAGAUCAUCCCUUUUGUAAUCUGAGAGUUUUAGCAUCUUUCUAACAUGCUGGAGUUGACCUGCAAAAAGAUCUUACAUAUCUCUUGUGAAACAUCCACCCCUACUGAGAACUCUGCCUUUUCAAAACAGCAACCGAAGACUGUUGACUUUCGGGGGAGGGGAGUUUGAAAGUUGUAAAAUGUUGUGGAUUAUCAACUCUCUCCUGGAAGAAACUGGUUUUAAAAAAUAUCUUAUUAAGCUGAAUACAAAUUAGCUUGGUGGUAGGGGAUUUCCUACCCAAAGUUAUAGAGCUAUUCUUUACUGCAUUGUAGACCUUUUAUAGUCUUGCUUUUCACAUUUGGUUUUAGUCUGCUCUGAACUGAUUUUUGUGAAAAGUAUGAGAUAGUUCAGUUGAAUGUUUUUUUUUUUUUUUCCAUAUGGAUAAGUGGUGGUUGUCCCAGCACCACUCUAUGAAUGACUUAAUUCUUUCCCACUGAUCUAUAACACCAGCUCUUUCAUAAAUGAAGUCUACACAUGUGGGUGACUCACUGGCCAAUUUGUCUAGCCUUGUGGCAGUACUAUACAAGCCUGAGUACUACAACUUAAAAAAAGAUCUUGCUAUCUCAGGACAAAUCCCACCUCCAAAAAAAAAAAAAAAAAAAAAAAAAAAUCACCACCAAGUUUUUCUUCCUUGGGAAUAUCUUGGCUAUUCUUAGCCAUUUGCUCUCCUGUACAACUUUUAGAAUUAGAUGGACAAGUUCUAAAACAAAAUUAAAAUGUUGGAAUUUUUAUUGGAUUUGUAUUGAAUUUGUAGACUAAUUACAAUGUUGAGUCUUCCAAUCCAUGAACAUGAUAUAGUUCUCCAUUUAUUUAGCCUUUUUAAAUGUCUUUCAAUAAAGUUUUAUAAUUUUCUCCAUAAA